AAAAGAAAAUGGCGGAAGUCGAUCCCGAUUGCAAUCCAAUCCAGCCCCUUUUAACCAAGGGAGGUCAGGAAGCGAAAGAAACCAGGGUGGACCUGGAGAAACCCCCACCUCCUCCCUUUAUGCAACCAGGUGUGGAUGAUUUCAAGAAUUUUGAUAUAGUUAGAGCCGUACAAUAUGGGGUGUUUGAUCGAGUACGGGAAUUGGUGGAUGCCGGAUAUGAUGUUAAUGAAAUGGAUAAAGAAAAUGUCAGCCUUCUUCAUUGGGCUGCCAUCAACAACAGAGCUGACAUUGUGAAGUAUUUGAUAUCUAAAGGUAGUAUAAUAGAUAGAUUUGGUGGAGAUUUAAAUUCUACUGCUCUUCAUUGGGCAACAAGACAAGGUCAUUUAAAUAUGUUGGUAUUAUUGAUGUCGUAUGGUGCAGACCCGUCUUUACGUGAUGGGGAAGGUUGUAGCUGUAUACAUCUAUCAGCACAGUUUGGUCACACAGCUUUAGUGGCAUAUUUAAUAGCAAAAGGUCAAGAGGUGGAUAUGGUUGAUAGAAAUGGUAUGACCGCUUUAAUGUGGUCAUCACAACGUGUCUUUGGGUUUGAUCCCACACGAUUAUUACUGACGUUCGGAGCCUCGGUUAAUAAACCUGACGAGAACCUGGGUAAUACGCCACUGAUGUAUGCGUGUUCAACGGGUAACCAUGUUGUUGUCAGAUUGUUGUUGAACCAUGGAGCAGAAAUAGAAAUAACCAAUACAAAAGGUCAGACUGCUGUCGAUUUUGCUUUGGAAGCUAAAAAUCCCCCGUUAGUAAGAAAAUUACGAGAAGAAAAUGCAGCUCGAUUGGCUAAAAAAGGUGGAGUUUUAGGCAGAUUAACUACUGAUAAAGUGAUAAAGAAAUAUAUAAUGUAUAUAAUUCCGUUUCUUGUGAUAUUUGUUGUUGGUUAUAUACCUGAGAGUAAUAUAGACUGGUAUGCUAAACUAUGUCUAGGUAUUGUAGCAGUUAUAGCGUUUAGAUUUUUAAAAACGAUGUUUUUAGAUGAGAGUGUGACACAUAUAAUGCCUGUAGCUAUUUAUUUAGCCACCAAGUUUUGGAUGGUAUAUACGUGGAUUUUCUAUCUAAUACCAUAUAUACAUUCUAGAAAUCAACAUGUAGCUUUUAUGAUCAACAUUUUACUACUCACGUAUUUUUUCUAUAAAGCCUUGAAAACAGAUCCAGGUUAUUUAAAAAAUAAUAGAGAAGAUAAAAUAAGGACGAUAUUAGAUUUAGCAGAAACCCAGACUUUAACGUUAGAUCAGUUUUGUAGCACGUGUUUAAUACGCAGACCGUUAAGAUCUAAACAUUGUUCUAUAUGUAAUAAAUGUGUGGCGAAAUUUGAUCAUCAUUGUCCCUGGAUUGAUAACUGUGUUGGUGCCUUAAAUCAUAAAUAUUUCCUGGGUUAUCUGUUUUUCUUGAUGGGUAUGAUUACAUGGUGUUUAUAUGGAUGUUAUCUGUUUUUUAGUGCGGAACUAUCCUUUGAUUUUUAUGAGGAAGGUAUAACUGGUUCGUUACGAAAGAUAUUUAGAGUAUCACCAUGGGUCGGAUGGAUUGGUGCUAACGCCAUCUGUCACAUGAUCUGGGUUUCAUGUUUAUUCAUCUGUCAAUUAUAUCAGAUCAUGUGGUUAGGGAUGACAUCCAAUGAAAGAUUAAAUAGUUACAGAUAUUCCAUAUUUCACGAUAAACAGCCUGAAGCUGGUGGUCAUAGUCAUCAACAUUCAGAUAAUUGUCAUCAUGAUCAAAAAGAUCCUAAAAUAAGCAGCCCUUUCCAUCGAGGGAUUUUCCAGAAUUUAAACGAUAUUUUAAAAAUACGAAUCUUUGGGAUAUUGAGACCACUGCAAGUUGAUUGGACGACCAAAUAUGAGUUAAAUGAAAGUGAUAACUUACGACACAGAAAACCUUUCAACUCUCCACGAGAAAACUACCAGUUUGUUUAAAAUGGACAAUCUCUACCAUACUGGCUGAACUGUAGUGGUUAACGACUGGAUAAUCUUGUCCAGACUGAGGAACUCUUAGAUAAAAACUGACUCAACUCUAGUUAUUUACAACUCGAUAAUCUCAACCAGACUGGCUGAACUCUAGUUAACAACUGCCUGAACUGUAGUUAUUAACAACUGUAAAAUCUCGACCAGACUGGUUGAACUCUAGAUAUUAACAACUGGAUUAUCUCGACCAGAUUAGCUGAACUCUAGAUAUUAACAACUGGAUAAUCUCGACCAGACUGGCUCAACUCUAGAUAACAACUGGCUCAACUUUAGUUAUUUACAACUGGAUAAUCUCAACGAGCCUUGAAUUCCUUUUCUCUAUAUUAUCAACUUUCUCUUCUCUAGCUUAAAGUUAUAUUGUCUCUCUCUAAUUAUUAUGUCUGAUCAGGUUCAUAUUAUUUUACUAGACGAAAUAAGUCAACCACGAUGUACUUUUGCUCUAGAAAUAAGAGAAAAACUGCCAGAUCAGACAUGAUAAUUGUGUAGCAAUAUUAUUUUCAGUAAGCUGAAAGUGAAAAAACGUCAUCAGUCAGGAGGUAAUUGGUAGUUGAAAUAUUGCUAGCCGGAUGUGGAUACUGUGUUUGACAAGGCAUAUACUGGAUGUGGGCGUAGCCUCUCUCUGUUUUUGUAAGCCUGGGCAAUCGCCAUGUUUGUUGUACAACUUGAAAACAAGUAUGGCGAUUGUUUAAGGUAUGAAAUUUUUUUUUAUUUAAUUAUUUCUUGUAAUUGGAGUUCAGGUUUAAGCUGUGACAAAAUAUAUAUUUAUAUAUCGGAGGACCUCACCAAGUCUAAAUCAGAUAUUGGUCCUUGAGGGGUCUGUUGGCAGUAAAUUAUGAAAUAACAGCCUCCAGUAAAUUUAAAAUGUUAAAAAAAAGAUCUUUAGAAAUCCCAUAAGUUGUUUUGUGAUAAAAAUAACCCAACAUUUGUGUAAAUUUCACAAAACGAUUUAUAAAAUUAUUAUUAUUUUGUGACUAAUUUUAGGAUCAGAUCUUUAAAUAUGAUUAUAGUAAAUAAACAUUAUUUAUUUAAGAAUUGCUGAAGUUUUUCCAGAAGGACUUGGCAUAUUAAAAUGAAUCAUAUACAAAUAUUGCUAGAAGCCAAAUUUGUCAAGCUGUUAAAGAUUGCAUUAUGUAAGAGCUAAAUCUGCCUAUUGUAGGCGAUUUUUAUGGGUCAAAUGUCAUAUAUAAACUAUUAUUUAGACAUUUAUUAACAUAACAAACCCAUAAUUAACUCUCUAGAACAUCGGGUGGCAGAGAUCUUGAAUGAAAUAGAAAACUGUCAUUUAAUAAUUUAAUGUUAAAAUGGACAAUUAAUACUGAUAUUUUGUUUAUUAGCGUAACAAUGGUACAUGACAAUCAUGACUAUUUCGGGUAAAAUUUGUCAGAACUUCAAACAUUCAUAACUAUGCUCAGAAUAAAGUAAUUUGCCGGAAAUUUUCAAUAUAUUCAUUUUGAAUUAGUUAUUAUAGCAAAGACGACCAGUUCUUUAUCUAAAUCUUACAUAAUGUAUCUUUAAAUCUAAUAUUAUAGAUAUUUUUUAAUAUCACUUAUUAUAUAAUUAAGUAUUGCUCAAUAUACAUCUAUUGUAAUCUUAAAUAAACUAUUUUAAAGACGUAUUUAAACAGGACAUCAUGUUUCUGAAAUCAUCUUAAUUAAAUUUAAAAUGUAUCAUCAGGCCAGGUUCCGAUUUCACAAAAUAUUCUCAGACUUAAGUUAAAGCGAAAAUUUCAUAUUUUUAAGUUAUAUUUUUAAAAUGUAUUAAAAUAAAGCCUUAAAAUAGAUGGUAUCCAUAAACAGUCCUACCUUGUUAAAGAAUAAUCCUAUUAAUCCUAUAAUUCACUAUUGCCAACUGUGAAAUUGGCAAAAAUAUCAUUUUCAACUUCAAAUUCAAACAUUUGAAGAUAUCUAUUCCAUGGGUAGGGUGACCCAUGCACUCUACAGAAAUACAGUCCACCGCUGAUAGUUCGAGACUACCACUGACGCGUGCACAUUCGCCGUUUCGAGACCAACUUUCUGACAGUAUGAUACUAUAAAUAGCCAUGGCACGUGCAAUUCUCUACAAAUCUAUCAACUAUUACAGCCGUAAAAAAUUUAUUGUUGACGAUUUUGAAUAGCAGUAAAAUUAAGCUUCAUAGCUAUUACAGCAGAUUUAGAAAUUACGUUUGUUUCAUUUUUUAAAUCGCUUUAUCAUUAACUGUACCGUUAAGAGCGGCAUCUUUUGGUUAGGUACAAAUAAUAUCUCUGAAACACUCGGGUUAGACAGGAACAUGAUACUAGCAGUAGUUUCAUAUUACUUUUACAAGCUUCUUAAAACAAUUGUUGAGCUAGCUAACGUGCUUAUUUCUAAAUUCAAUUUCUUGUUCUAGCUUUCUGUUAUGUUUUGUAAAAAAGUAGUCUUGAUUAUCCCGACCUGUCAAUCAGACGUAGAAUGGUCGAUAGACUGGUUAAGCAAGACUAAUUUCAAAACAAGGACACGUAACCUAUCUUUUACUCAAAAGUGUCUGGAUGUUAUGGGCGACACUUGGAACCAGUUUUCAGUCUAUUAUUUAUAGAUGAUUAAUGGUCAUAGUUUAUUAAGUACAACAUGAUCGUUUAUUUAGUGACUAUAAUUGUGUGAAACUGAUUUGAGGCUUGGCAUAUUUAUAAAUAUUGUGGCGUAAUUGUCGAGAUAUUUGGAGAUAUUUAUUUAUGGUGGGUCACCCUACCAUGGGGGGAAUAGAAAAACAAGGGAGGUAAUUGUGUUAUUAUUUCCGUUGUGAAGAUUUUUAAGUGUGAGAAAGAUAACCUAUGAUCGUAUAAUAGUGACUUGACAACCUAUUGAGCAAAAGACAUAAAAAUAAUUAUGUUUUGACUUUCUUAUAAAAUAUGAAAUUCUCGCUUUAAGAAUUUACUCAGAAAUGUUUGCCAUAUUUUAACUAAAAUAUAGCCCUUUAAAAACUUUUGUUGUUUUAAUGUAUCAAAUACAUCAAUAAGAAACUAUGUGCAAAGUUUUAUGUUUCUAGAUCAAAGAUAUUUCUCAUAAACAGUGAUUGAAAGUUGAGUAAAUUCUUAAAUGAAGUCUGAAAAUGCUUUGUGAACUUGGGGACAGGUCACAAUUGACAAUGUAUCCAAAUACCGCUAAUUAAUCAUACAUUCAAAUGACAUCCACCGCCAUUCUACAGUUUUAACUGUCAUCACCUUGUUACUAUUCCAAUCCAAUAUUUACCACUUUGUGUGACCAUGACACUUCUCACAUGAACCUAGACAACAGGGGCCUGUUUCACAAAAUUUUAACUAAGAUAAAAUCCAAAUUUUAGUAGAUACUUCAAUUUUUAUUGGCUAAUCACAGAAAUCAAUCUAAUAUUAUCCAAUCAAAUUACUAAAAUUUGGAUUUUAUCUUAGUUAAAAUUUCGUGAAACCGGCCCCCCGAUUUCUCUCAUCUCAAGUAUUAUUUAUUUAAAUGUAUUAAUGCUGUUUUGUAUUCAAUAUGUCAUGUUUAUCUACUGGUUGGUUUAUAACAAGUGGCCGUCAGUGAUUGGUUGAAAUAAAAGUCUAAGUCUAUAGGGCUCUUAUUCACGAAUAUUUAACGUAAACUAAAAUAUUUUAAUAAUUCGGCAUUUUCAUUGGUUGAGAAUUUAACUUAGCAUUUAACCAGUCAAAAGGGAGCAUUCUUAAAAUAUUUCAGCUUUAAACCAAUCAAAAGAGGGCAUUCUUGAAAAUAUUUUAGUCUAAGUCUAUAGGGCUCUUAUUCACGAAUAUUUAACGUAAACUAAAAUAUUUUAAUAAUUCGGCAUUUUCAUUGGUUGAGAAUUUAACUUAGCAUUUAACCAGUCAAAAGGGAGCAUUCUUAAAAUAUUUCAGCUUUAAACCAAUCAAAAGAGGGCAUUCUUGAAAAUAUUUUAGUUUUAAGAUUAUAUGAAUAUAUAUCAAGGGUAACAGUAGGCGGAAUCAUUUUAAAACCACCCAUUUUUGUUUUUUAAACUAAAUUUCAUGGCAGCAAGAAAACCACCUCGUAACCAGAUUUGUAAUGGUUUUUUUUUUAAUAUGUAAAUAAUCUUUUUCUACUAAAAUAUCUUUAUAUUCUCAUCAACGAAUUAUCAUGUAUUUGGUAACCAGUGUCAAAAUUUGAAAAAAAAAGUUAGAAUUAUAAACAGUCUGUUCUGAUAGAGUGUGAAGAUGAUUUCUUAAAAUCCGACAGCUGUCAGUCGGUUUCAGUUGACAAAAAAAAUUAUUUUAGGGAUCAAUAAUCUCCUGUGGAGACAAGCAGCAAACAGUCAUAUUUAAUCUUGUUUAUUUUCAUGCCUUUGGUAUAAGCAGAUGUUAAAUAAAGCUAUUUCAUUCAUAUACACGUCUUAUUCUUGACGGUACAAUAGCUAAACCAGUUUAACAAUAUCCAAAGAUAUAAAAUCGGCUGAAGUUUGUCUUCUGAAUGUCGUUUCGCGAUUCAAACACUCGUUGCUUCAUACAUAAUUUGGUUUAAAAAAUGGACCGUUUCUGAAUACAUUCAAAAUGGAAUCGGGUAUUAAUUGUGCCAAAAUUUGUGACCAUAAAGUAGGAUAAACUUUAAUUUUAAUAGAGAAAUAUUCACAUCAUUUUAAAAUAACCUUAUAAUAUACUUGUACCAAGUAGAGGCCACAGAUUAAUAGUUUUACAGAUGAAAUAUAAUAAUAGAUAGAAAUUGACUUAAAUACCUUUUAUUGGGAUAAUGCUAAAUGAUAAGGCCAGCUCAACUUUUCGUCAUAGGUCACAAGAUGUAAACAGGGCUAGCGCUAAUCCCAACCCUAACCCUAACCCCAAUGCUUACACUAACACUAAACUACAAUCUCGACAUUAUGAUCACAUGCCCUAACCUUAUUUACAUCUCAGCGACCUAGACAAAAAUUGAGCUGGCUUUAACAAAUAGAUUUAACCCUUGUAUUGCGUGGAAGGCUAACUUUGUCCUUGUCACUCUGAACACGACAAUGACUGUUAAUAAUUGUAUACGAUAUCAUUAUUCAUAACAGAAAAAAAAACCAAUUCCUUGCCUUACUAAAAGUCAGGUAUUUUUAACAAAUGUUAGUUAAACUCCGUGAAAACCACUAGAAAUUUGUACGAUCCGAAAAUUAACAUUUUAGGCUCUUCUACUAUCUCGGCGGUGGUUUGACUUAUUUCAGAUUUUGUAAACAAACCGAUGUAAAUUUGUAUUCAGUUCGGAAAUCACCAAAGUGUUAAUGCCUUAUUGAGAGGUUUGAACCAUAAAAGGUAUUUUAGACCAGAACAAAAUGGAUAGCUUUUGUUUAUCAGUUGUUUUAGCUAUUAUGCAUUAUUCUAUGUUCUUUAAAUCAUUAAAUUGUGUGUGUAUAUAUUAACUGUAAUUUUAUGUUAAGUAAAUCAUUAAAUUCGUAGAAAUAAUCCAAUUUCAUUUACUGUGAAUAUAUUUAGUGUUAUUUUGUAUAUAUUGUAGUGUAAUUUUGAAGAUAACAGUGUUUAAUUGACACGUUUGUUGCUUUAUACCUGUGUGCUUUAAUGUUAUAAAUACCCUUUUUAUAUACUGUUUACCUGUCUACGACCUGGCCCAGGUUUCAAAAAGAAUUCUCAGACUUAAGUUAAGAAUUUACUUAACUUUCGAUCGCUGUUUAUGAGAAAUAUCUUUGAUCUAGAAACACAAACCUUUGCACAUAGUUUCUCAUUGAUGUAUUUGAUACAAUAAAAAAAAAAGUUUUAUAAAGGGCUAUAUGUUAGAUAAAAAAGGCGAACAAUUUUGUGUAAAUUCUUAAAUUAAGUCUGAGAAUGUUUUGUCAAUCUGUUUAGAACACAGAACCAAUUUUGUUUCGUUUUUUAUAGAUUUAAAUUCGAUUUAUUUGUCUGUAGGAUCUCGAACAGUUGGUAUAUAACCUGCUUUCUGGAUGGCAUGAGGGAUUAGCCAACGAAACCAUCUGUUACGGCGACUUCUUGGCAUGCGAUCUAGGGAACUGUGGGUAAUCCACCAGAAACGUCAAGGCUGAUUGAUUAAUCAAUGUUUGACGUCAUAGGGUCAAAAACCUAAUGUACGACCUCUGACACGACCUUUCACUACAACCAGUCAGAUCUUCAUGUAGUGUAGGCCAUCGAAAGUAUAAAAAAAAAACGAAACGAAAUAUAGAUCUGUCUUUUAAUCAGAUUGAUGAUUUGUAAAACCGGGGCCAGGGUGCUCGUUGAAGCAAGUGUUCGCUGAUUAGGAGUGCACGCCCGAGCAAGUUCUACUGUAUUAUGAAUACAUCUGUUUUGUUUUAAUUGCUCAUGUAUAACACUGUUAGAGUAUUGUUUCACAUCAUAUAGUGUAACUUAUCACCCUAGCUUUAAUCUAUUAAUUUAUUUUACUGUUUCACAUAUUUAAAGAGGCUUCAGAACCUUGAACUAGAACAAAAAUAUCAGAGCAUUGUUCACGACAGUCCAAUGAAAUGAAAUAGGGCAGUGGGCUAUGCAGUGUGCUAUGAGGAAAAAAAUGAACUGUCGACAACAUGAACUGUCGACAACCACUAUAGGUUACAAUGCUUAUGUUUGUACAGAGUCUUAAAAGCCGCUGUAACUAGAUCAACCUCAAAGUUUUCAGGUAAUCAAAUCAGAACGUCCCUGGAUACUCAAAUCACUGCAAAUCUGAAAUUAUUAAAUUACCGAUCGACAAAGAACCUCAAGGUGCUGCACAGAGUCUGAAAAUGGUCAUAAGGUUAUCUCAAUGAUUAAUUUGCAAGCCUCGCUCAAAGCGUGCGCAAAAUGUUUUGAGACAUUUAUUAUAACUGUAUAUUCGAAUCGCGUUAAAUCCAAAAAUAUUCUUCAGACUGACAACAAUCUCCAAGGUGCUGCUGAUGUCUCUUUGCCCAUUUCUAUGUUUGUUUCUCUGUUUUUUUUGAAAAAAUAUUGAUAAUGUCAUAAUAUUUGAGAUAAUGUGUAGAAUUUGUUUAUAUAUAUAGUAAUUAAUUAUUGACUUAUCAUCCUUGUUUGAUUUUAAUAAAACUUUAAUAUUAUUAA